CUCUCUCUCCCUCCUUUGGAACGCGAAGAAAUUUUAUUUUCCCCCAAAUCAAUCAGAUUAGGGCAUCAAUCAAGAAUUUCAGGGUUCGACAAUUGAAAUUGGAAUUAAGAACCAUGCUGUUGUUGGGGGGUUACACUUGGAUGAUCAUGACAGACACUUUGAGUUUCUGUUUGUGAAAAUGCCGGCAACAGCAGGAAGGGUUCGUAUGCCCGCGAAUAAUCGGGUUCACAGUAGUGCUGCACUUCAAACUCAUGGUAUUUGGCAAAGUGCGAUUGGGUACGAUCCUUAUGCACCGAAUAAAGAUGAACCAAAGCAAUCUUCUUCUUCUCAGCCAAUGUCGGCGGCGACUGCAGCUGAACCUGAUGCUGAAAACGCUUAUAAUAGUUUCCAAGGACUUCUUGCACUUGCUCGUAUUACUGGUUCGAAUGCGGAUAAUGAGACUCGUGGUUCUUGUAGAAAAUGUGGUCGUGUUGGUCAUCUUUAUUUUCAGUGUCGUAAUUUUCUCAGUUUGAAAGAAGAUAAAGAGAAAGAGGCCGCAAUUCUUCAGGUUGGUCUUGGUUCUGGUUUGGAUAAAUUUAAGUUGAAUGGGGCUAAGGAGUUCUCUGAAGAGAGUUCUGAAGAGAGCGAGAGUUCGGAUUCUGAUGCUGAUUCAGAGAUGGAGAGGGCAAUUGAGGCACGCUAUGGGAAGAAGGGUGUUAGUAAGUCUAAAUCAAGGUCUUUAAGUAAGAAAAAGGAUGACGACUCGGAUGAAGAUGACAAGGAAGAGAGAAAGAAGCGAGGUAGAUCGAAGAAAAGGACAAGUAGGAGGAGGAGCAGCAGUGACACGGAUGAUGAUGAUGAGGGUGGUAAGAAGAGAAGGAAGGAGAAGAAGAGGAGACAUGACGAUUCUUCAGAUGAAGAUGAUAAACGUCGACAUCGUCAUAGGAAGAGUACGAAGGAAAAGAGGAGGAGGAGAAGUCAUCAUGAUUCAGAUGAUUCUGAUUCGUCUGAAGAAUCUAGAAGGCGUCAUAAGCGUAGACAUAGGAAGAAGGCAUCCUCUAGCUGUGAUGUUAGUGACUCGGAUGAUUCACGUGUUGGGAGGUCCAAAAAGCAAACUCGAAAGAGUAGUAAACAUCGCCGCCAUGAAGUUGUUGCUGCAUGAUAAACACAGCGUAGGUUAUUUCAGAAGGCAUUAUAUUUCAGUAUCUCAGAGUGUUAAGAUCUGUAUUUCAUAGGUGAUUUGGCUUGCAACUGUUGUUAAACUCUAAGAUGCGUGUUUCAGUAUUUCUUUCUGUUCCCUGUGGACUUCUUUGGCUUUGGCUUGGGCUUGCUUGAUCCCCACCUUUCUGAUGAUAAGAAUGUAGUACAGAACAUUAUCUUGUUAUUAUUUUCCUCAUACUGCUUUCUUAUUUCCUUGAAGUAUUAUGCAGCAUCAUGUAGUUGUAAUUUUCCAGGCUGUUGUCCCUUUAAUUUUUAAACUUGGGUUGUACUCGUAUAUUAAAAUUCACCGUGUACUGUAAUUUUGAUUUUU